AUGGCAGACCUGAACCUCGUUCCCUUUGCAGGCUAUAUCAGCGACGACUCAGAUUUCCAUGGUACAGUCAAAGUACGCAAGAAACUCAAUGCACGCAGUCAGAAGAUCAGCGACAAGCAGCUUGUUCAGUGUUGGAACAAGAAUCAAGCAGCAUAUCCUGCUGCCGUCUCUGUCAUGACCACACCGUCAGAGCCUGUCAUUCAUUACAACAGACUAGAAGGCGUCACAACAGCUCGACAGUUGACCGAAACAGUGGAUGAGUUUGUCGAGCGCCUUCCACCCAGGACUACUUUCAUGGGACCGUGGAUCUGGAUCACAUGUCCCAUAGUCAAUGGCAAAGGCAAGAUAGCGGCAUCCCGACACAAUCCAGAGCUGGAAGAAUCACCUGAGCAAAUGACGAACCGUGCUCGUACUUUGUUAAGCCAAUUUGCUGCCGAAAAAGAAAGAAUCUCCAGUGCCAAUCCAAACUCGACGCAAUCAACCAUCAUGAGAAAGCUGGGACCUCUACGUGAGCAACUGAAAGAAGACAUCCUCGAUAUCGCGGUAGCCAGCGGGGUGACGAACGGCAAGUGGAUGCUCUUCCCAAAACCAGAAGAUGUCAAUAGGGUUUGGGGGCUCGUUGCUCAAGCUGUUGUCGAUGGCAGAUUGGGUGAUACUGCCAAAGUCGCACCAGCGGAUCCGCCCGACCCUUUUGUUCAGGAGAAGCAAUCAAGUCAUCUGAUUUGUGUGUACACCAGAGACUUUUCCGAUCUUGACGAUGUCAGAAGAGUGCUCGAAGAGCUAGUUGAGCUCGGCCUCGCUCCGCGUAAUGCUGCCGACGGUGCAAUCUACUACAAGGCUGACGCAUACACCUACCUCAACAUCGAUUCUUCAAAUUCCUAUGGCCUUAAGGCUAGCCUUUACUCCAGCAAAGACGUCGUCAGCCUCUCGAAGACCGAGAAACAGCCAAAGAGAAAGCAGCAGACCUUGACCAAUAUGUUUGGUGACAGGAAGAAGAGGAAGAUGUGA